CUGCUUGAAUGUUUCCUUUCUUCUUUUCCCUCCAUUUCCUUCUUUGCUGUUUGUCUCAUUAAAUUCAUUCACAUUCUCUUCCUCUUUUCUCUUCCCUCUCCCUCUCUCUUUUUCUCUCUUACUCUACUCUCUAUUUCUUUUCUUUUCACAUAUUGUUUUCUCUUAUUUCUCUCGACUUAAUUCCUUAUUCCUUGCAAUGCAAACCAUAAAGUGCGUCGUUGUUGGAGACGGUGCUGUCGGAAAGACCUGUCUUCUUAUCUCUUAUACAACUAACAAGUUCCCUUCUGAAUAUGUUCCUACUGUGUUUGAUAACUACGCCGUCACUGUUAUGAUUGGUGAUGAGCCUUAUACACUUGGACUGUUCGAUACUGCUGGUCAGGAGGAUUACGAUCGUCUGCGCCCUCUAUCAUACCCUCAAACAGACGUGUUCCUUGUUUGCUUUUCAGUUACUUCCCCAGCAUCAUUUGAGAACGUCAGAGAGAAGUGGCUCCCUGAAGUCCAUCACCAUUGCCCUGGUGUUCCUUGCUUGAUUGUGGGUACGCAAGUUGAUCUACGUGAUGAUCCAACAGUUGUGGAAAAAUUGGCGCGCCAGAAGCAGAGGCCUAUCUCCACUGAGAGUGGCGAGCGCCUGUGUCGCGAGCAGAACGCCGUCAAAUAUGUCGAAUGCUCCGCCUUGACCCAGCGAGGCUUGAAAAACGUCUUCGACGAGGCGAUUGUUGCGGCUUUAGAACCUCAAGUGGUUCGAAAGAAGAACAAGUGCAUGUUGUUCUAGGCCAAGGAUGGCAACAGUAUCCUUCUGACAGCAUGUUCUUUCUGUGGACCUUUUAUAUUCUAGCCAGCAGUGCCAUUAAUGUUAAUAAAAAAAUCCAUUCCCG